AUGAAGAAAAAAAUGUAAAAAAUGCACAGGCAUAAAUUGAUAUAUGAGAAUGUAUUAAAAUAAGUGGAGAAGGAGGAUGUAUGAUAAUGAGUUAUAUAAAGGUUGCCUUUUUUAGUAAAUGUACAAAAUUUAGAGAUUAAGCACCUCAUCCAAUCACACUGAAUAGAGCUCUUUAAUUUUUAUGGUUAAAAGAGUAGGUAUAAUAUGAUUAAUUAAUAGUGUUUUAGAAGAUUGAUAGAAAGAUAGCAUUACAAUUUGGAUAGAGAAGAGUAUGUAAAAUAGACUCUACAAUGAAGUAUGAUGGCCCAUCAAGUGCUCGUAUAAUAAAGACAUCGAAGAUUGAUUAAGGGAUGAUAAAUGGUUGGCAUAAUGGUGCUGGAGAUUCUAAAUUUGAUUUAGGUCCAUUGUACAAUAUAAAAAGAUUAGAAAAAAAUGAAGAAGAAAUUGAGUAUUAAGAAUUGAUAAAGUAAGAAUAAUAGAGUCCAAGUGAGUAUAAAGUCAAGCUAAAUCAUUAAGAUUUAUACAAUAGUGAUAUAAGUGAAAAAUAUGCUUUUAGUAAUUUAGACUCAAAGUAAUUGUAUUAAAAAUUGAAUGAACUUAAAUAAAUUAAUAAAUAAAAGACUGAAUAACCUUAAGAAUAUGUAGAGAUUGAAGGAUAAAGAUUUUAUCAUGUCUUAAGUGAAAUAGAGGAUUAUUUAGAUAAAAAGGUUGAUAAUAAAACAUUAAUUUAAGAAAUGAGAGCAUUUUAAACAUUUUAUCCUAUUAAAAGAAAGUUGUAAAUUAAAUAAUUAAAUCCUGGUGAUCCUAUAUUAUUGGGAUCUGAUUAAUAAGCAGAUGGUAAUUAGAAGGCAAUCACUGCAAGAUUAAUUGAUAGAAAGAGAACUUUUACAAAUAUGAAAUGUGAAUUAUUCAAUACAAAUAAUUAUGUGUUUCAUGUUAAGGAAGUUCCUAAUAUUGGAUAAUAAUUAAGAAGGAAUCACUUUUCCUAAUUAAUAGAUGAGUUAAGAGAAAAUGGAAUGAAAACACCCAAAGAAAUAAAUGAAAUUACACCUGAACAUUCUAUCAGGGCAUCAUAAAUAGAAUCUAGUGAAAAUGAUACUAAAUAAAUCAGAAAGUUUUAUUUAAAAUUUCCAAAAUAAAAAGGAGAAUCUAGUUAAACAACUUCUCACACAAAAAGUUAAAGAUUUGGAACUUUGCAAUCUUAGAUAUCUAAUCAAUAUCAUUAAUAAACUAUGAAAGCUUCUAUGAGUAAUAUACAUGGAAGUAGCACAGAAAUUAGAUUGGAAAGUCCUGGAAAAUAUAAGAAUAGAUUGGAUUCCAGAAUUGAUAAGUAUGUAAAAUAGUACUUAAAAAACUAAAAUGUUAUUUAAUAAAAUUAAAAUGUAGAUAUGACAAAAUUAAGGCAAAAAUAUAAAGUAUUCUAUUAUUUGAUAAUUUUAGUCUUUAAAAACUGAGAGAGAAAAAGAGAUCACAAGAAUGUAUAAAAGUUAGUAAAUUGAAGGAAUUAAUAAUAAGACUAUCCAUUUAUAAUGAAUUAAAUUAUACUCUACUUUUAUAAAAUAUAUUGAUAAAAUACUUCAUUAUUCACUGAAAGGG